ACGUCCAGUAAGUACUGAGUUACUGACCUUUGUAUUAUAAUUAGUAACCCUAGAUUUUCUUUUUGACUCCAUUAACAAGCUGCUGCUAUACAUAACAACACCCACUCUCCACUACAAACCCUAAGAAAAGGCUCUCUACUUGUUCAAGAUCUUGUGUUUGAGAAUCAUCAAAUCACCAUGAGCCUGGAAGCAGCUGAUAAGGCGUCCAUGGACAUGGUUCCACCAUCUGAACAUCUUUGCUACGUCCGCUGCAAUUUCUGCAACACUGUUCUUGCUGUUGGGAUUCCAUGCAAAAGAUUGCUGGACUCUGUGACAGUGAAAUGUGGUCAUUGUAGUAACAUAUCAUUUCUCACUAGUCGACCUCCACUUCAAGGCCAGUGUCUUGACCAUCACCAAUUCAUUCCUCAGGAGAAACAGGGAUUUUGCAGUAACACAUCCAGUGAACCAUUGUCACCAAAAGCACCCUUUGUAGUAAAACCUCCUGAGAAGAAACACAGGCUUCCCUCUGCUUACAAUCGAUUCAUGAAGGAGGAGAUACAGCGGAUCAAAGCAGCCAACCCUGAGAUACCACAUAGAGAAGCUUUUAGCACUGCUGCCAAAAAUUGGGCUAGGUAUAUUCCAAAUUCACCAGCUGGAUCAGUUCCAAGAACCAGUACUUCUAAUGGAUUUGAUUUUGCCGGAAUGAAGUAAUGGAUGCAACUGCAGUACUGCAGGCACUGCUGCGAACGUUGGUUUGAUUUGGAGAGCAUGCACUCGAGCUGAGCUUGAUUAAUUAGUUUGUUUUAUGUGUCAAAUCUUUCAUUUUCUAUGUCCACGUUAAUUUUCUUGAUGAACUAGAGCUGCAUGUACUAGACUUCUUAACUCAUGGUGCGUACUUUGAAUGAGAAUGCGUAGUUUAUGUA